AUGACGAAGAUUUUCCACCCACUCCUGGCUCUGAUUGCGUCUGCCACAGACAAAGAAUUGGCCAAGUAUGUGCAGUUUCUGAAGGAGGAGAACAAGAUUCUCCGCUCACGCGUGGAUGGACAAAUUCACACGAAGCCCGAGGAACGGGAACGAUUGCUCGAUCUCGGAAAGGAGUUGGGACGAGCCAUUGAGGAACUCAUCACCAUUGUUUCUCCCAAGACGUUCUACCGUUGGAUCAGGGAGCGUGACGGGCGGAAACGCAAACCGAAUCCCAAGGGUGGACAAAGGAAGCCGCGAGAGAUUCGUGAGCUAGUCAUUCAGAUAGCCACAACCACAAAUUUUGGGUACACCCGCAUACUUGGCGAGCUCCGAAAAUUGGGCAUUAAGAAGAUCAGCCGGCAAACCAUUCGCAACAUACUUAAGGAAGAAGGCAUUGCUCCUGGGCCAGAUCGCACGAGUGAUUCCUGGACCAAUUUUGUGGAGCGUCACAAGGAGACUCUCUGGGCUUGUGAUUUCUUCAGCGUGAAGACUGUGACGACUCGUGGCAUGCGGGAUCUCUAUGUUCUGGUCUGGCUGUGUGUGAGCAGCCGCGAAGUGAUCGUCUCCACCUCGACCGAGCAUCCGAAUUCAUCCUGGGUGACUGAGCAGGCGGAGCGGUUCUUGGGUGAGACAUCUGGUCGGGAGCACUCCCCUGCUCUGGUCAUGCAUGACCGUGACACGAAAUUCACCAAGGAGUUCACAGAAGCGUUGGCUCGCCAAGGUGUCGGAACAAAUCCAUUGCCGAAGGCCAGUCCGAAUCUGAACGGCAGAUGCGAGAGGUUCAUCGAAACCAUUAAACUGGAGUGCCUUCAGAAAUUCAUUGUGUUUGGAAAGAGACAUCUGGAUCAUCUCGUGGGCGAGUUUGUGGAUUACUACAACCAUCAUCGCAGCCACAUGGAAAGGAAUCAUCUGCCGCCGGUGAGAGAGGAGCCUGAUGAGGUAGAGACGAUUCCGUUAGAUGAGAUCCAGGUGAAGACGUAUGUGGGUGGGCUUGUGAAGGCGUUUGAGAGGAAGGUGGCGUAG